AUGAACGUCGAACGCUGCAUCUCUCUUCACAACGAAAUCGUACGACAUGGCUGGGUCGGCUCAGGCCGGUCCCCAGAUACACUUGCUUCGCACGGCAAAUCUUGGUUCCAAGUAUUCGGCGAAGAAGCCGAAGCCGAACGAUCAAAUCUCUCACCCGAUCUAGUCCAAUUCCUCGAGCAAGUCCAGAUCCCGCGCGUAGAAGAAGAAGGAUUCUACCCCGAGUUCUUCUACUGGGUCCAGGGCCUGUCUCAUCCUGAGUACAUGUUCGAGUUUGAAGAUAUGUUGUGGGAUUACGACUAUACCAAUGAGCAGGAGAAGGAGGGGAACGGUGAGGAGGAGGAGGAAGGUUAUGAGGAGGGGGAAGGUGAUGAGGAAGAGGAAGGUAUCGAGGAAGAUCAAGGUGACGAGGAGGAAGAAGGUGACAAGGGAAGGCGCUUAGUCCUAUAUGACCAGAAGACCAAUCUUUGUACUCUAAGUCUCACUACAUACGAUACCGACGAUAUCAGUACUCAGACGUGGUACCCAUUAGAGGCCGUACUUACCUUCUGGCUCUCUCAGAUCCGCAACGAGACCAUCCAGGCCGCACCGGAAAAAGGGGGCAAACUUCGUGGAAAAUGGCCUGAUGUAUUCGACGAGUAUUGGGAACAUGCGCCUUGGGUUUUCCUGCCAUACAAUGAGAAUAUGCUCAAGCACAACCUCGAUGUAUGGGAAAAGCUUGCUGAAGCAAUCGAGAGCCGCAUGCCUGCAGCUUGUAGAUCACAAGCAGCCAACCGACCCGUAUACGGCCUGCUAGAAGAUAACAUACGCAACACAAUAGACAUCCCUCAGCGAUUCGCAUACAACUUCCUCUUCCGCGCCCGCCGGCCUCGCUUCAAGAUGAUAGCUCCGGGUCUCCGCAUUAUCACAUCCGCAGACUUUCCGGACCAACCCUUUCGCUCCUACAUGUCCAAAGACAAAGAAGAAGUGCCACCCAUCUUGCUCUUCCAGUCCGAUCUCAACUUCUCGGAAGACCCAUCCUGCACUCCGCAAAGUCCAGAUGACGCCAUGGUACCGAACUUCUUCGACCACCGCGGUAUCAAGACUUACCCUUCUGGCUUGUACCUACUGCCUACCAAUCACAGAAGUCUGGAAGAUGGGAUCUCAUUCGUCUUGCCGUACGCUAUUGGCGGUAAGGGGUGUGCGAAGAGAGGCGAUGGGACGAACUUUGGAGGUGAGAAGGACGGGCCCGGGAUCGAUAGCUAUACGGAGUUGUAUCAGCCUGGAAGACGGGCGCUUGAGGACUUCCAGGCGCAAAGUCUGGCGGGGGUGUUGGAGAGUUGGCUGGGUAUGGUGGAAAGAGGGGACUGGAAAGUCGAUGAGAAUGGGGUGAUGGGUGAUAUGGAGACUUGGAGGGGAGCGGAUACGGAGGAGGGGUGGAUGAAGUAUGUUGUGCCGAGUGAAGAAUAA